AUGUGGUCAUAUUGGAAAGCUAAAUUCGGAGCACAGACUAAAUAUAAGAGGAAGACGAGAUCACCUACUUAUGAUUCUGGAUUAGAAUACGACGAACCCACUGACCACUCAGAUAGUGGGUUCGAUUUGUAUGAAAACAAUAAGUAUCCUCAAUCAUUAACAGGCCUUUUUGGUUCGUCAUUUUUUUAUAAUCCAGCCAAUGCUCUAUAUUGUUACAAAGGUUCUAAAAAACCUAUUCAUCGAAGACAGUACAAACCACUCGACUAUGAUUACGAGUAUAUUGGUCUAUUUAAUAGUAGGUGGGGCCAUAUUUCAAAACCACCACCAGAAUUUCGUGGG